AAAUAUAUCGCAUCCCUGAGUGUAACGUAAAACGCCUGAUUGUUGGUUGAAGAAAUCGAAAUCGAAAUCAUCUGAAGAAGAUACGAUUAUGGGGGAAGAAGAAACGAAUGCUUCAUCAUCAUCAUCACUCCCAGACACUGAGCUCUUCGGUCUCCUCUCCAAUCUCCUCCAACAGGUGGAAUCAAUGACUAAUGAAGAAGAAGUCGAAUUGCGUGCAAAGAUUGAAGCACUUGGGGUAGAAGUUACCAAGGUUCCUUCAAAGUCUACACAAAAUCUUGAUGAGUUGGAGAUAGCUGCUGAGCUGGACAAACUAUCUGCCAAGCUGGCACAUGUAGAUGAGAUGAUAUCUUCGGCUGAUGUGGAGGUGAAGUCCCUCUUGAGUGAUACAGCUGAUGUUUGGAUGCCUGUUAUCACUGCAAACUCUGAUGAAAGGCGCAAUUUUACCUCAACGGUUGAUGAAGAGUCUUCAAAUAAAACUAUCUAAAUCCAAGCACCAAACAUACGCGAGUUGGCUGGAAUCAAUAUGAGAAGGUGAAGCCUAUCGACUCGAUACGAUAGCUAUGCUUUGCUAAGAACCAUUUCAAACAUGCAAUGCUUGUUUUAUUGUGAGGAUACCUAAUUUGUUCUUUAGCCAUUUCAUAAUAUUUUUGAACAAAUAAAUAUAUACUUGGAUGAAAUAAUUAGUUUGUUGCCAACUUGGAAUGUUAUAAAUGAUGAAAAAUUAUACCAA